UCGUACUGGUGGUCAGUGAAAUGUCAAAGUUUGUUUUGGGUGGUAGCGGAGGAAAUGUGGGAAAAUGUGCUUGUUGGGAGUGUAAUUAGCAGACGAAAAUAGUCGAAAUUUUCGCAUAAAGAGUCCGCCAAUAUUUGUGCUAGAUCAACAAGUUAAAACUUCAAUCAAAAGUGCGCAUUGUCUUGUGAUAAUUGUGGGUUGCAAAGUAGUGAAGGACAGCGCGUCGUUGGCAUCAGGUUGCUCUUAUCAGUCUUUUCGGAAGAGAUACAACGUCGAGGAGGAGCAAAAAUUGCUUAUCACCUUUGCUGGGGCAUGACAAUGUGUUUGGAUAAGUCUUGCCAUCUUUUGUUGCUUGUUGAUUAUAUGGGGCAAAGAAAGGCAUUUUUGCACGUUUAAUUAAGGGCCAAGUUGUGACCCAAGCAGCCUUUUAGAGUGCUGAUUACUGCCAGUCUGUUUCAAUCUCCAAAAAGAUGCGUCAUGAGUAUCAUCUGCUCCAGCAGCAGGAUGCCAACGAACGCAGUCAAGCGCCGGCUGGAUCUCGCCGCAAAUCUAAUUCCAAAGUCGUGGCCAACAACCUACGGUUUUCCUUUUUCUGCCUGGUGGUGAGCGCCUCGCUGCUGAUAUUCCUGUUCCUGGCCUACACUGACUCAUUCCAUCCGAUCGUCGACACCAUUGCCGGGAAGCUGGGCUACCAUGAGAAAACUUACGCCGUUGUGAUCGAUGCCGGUUCCACCGGGAGCCGAGUGCUGGCGUUCGAAUUCCACCGCGGCUACCUGGACGGACGAUUGGUCCUGGACUACGAAUUGUACAAACACUCUAAGCCGGGAUUAUCAGCGUUCGCCGAUAAACCACAGGAAGGAGCGGCUACCAUCGACAAGCUACUGCAGGAGGCCAGAAAUGUCAUACCCAAGGAGAAGAUGGCUACCACACCGCUAGUUUUGAAAGCCACGGCUGGACUCAGGCUACUAAAACCCGAACAAGCCGAAGGAUUGCUGCAAGCUUGCAGAGAUUUGUUCGAAAAAUCGGGAUUCUUAGUGAACGAUCAGUCGGUGGAAAUUAUGGAUGGUACUGACGAGGGCAUUUUCUCGUGGUUUACAAUCAAUUUCUUGCUGGGAAAACUCAAUGGCCGCAAUACGGUCGCAGCUUUGGAUCUUGGUGGCGGAAGCACUCAAGUCACCUUCGCACCGAAAGACAUCUCACAGACUCCUCUGUACAAAAAUUUCAUGCACAAAGUUCCUACCGUCAAUUCGCAUGUGGACGUUUUCACGACCAGCUAUCUCGGAGCUGGUCUGAUGGCCGUCCGACAUGCCGUGUUCACGAACGGUGCUCAAGAAGGCCAGACGAAGCUGACCAGCGAAUGCGUCAAUUCCAUUGUGAAGGACAAGCUGUUCCGAUACGGUACGGAGCAGUUCUACAUCAGCGGGAAGGAGAACCCCAAGGCGACGGCCGAAAACCCGGAGGUCGAUUACGAACAGUGCGCCGCGAUCGUGCGCAAGAAGUUGCUACCCACGUUGAGCCCGAAACCGGUGACGUUGAAGCAGCACGAGAUCUCUGCGUUCAGCUAUUUCUUCGACCGGGCCAUUGAGACUGGAUUAGUAGAUCCCUUCCAGGGCGGCGAGACGACGGUGGGCCAGUUUAUUACCCGCUCUCGUGAGGUAUGUGCCGAUGCCAACACCGAUCAACCAUUUAUGUGCGUUGAUCUUACUUUCAUUGCCGUAUUACUGGAGGAAGGAUACGGUCUCAAGCCGAAAACUCCACUCAAGUUGUACAAGAAAAUUGACGGACACGAGAUCUCGUGGGCACUGGGUUGUGCGUACAGCAUUCUGACCAGCAACAAAAGUUCCCAACUGUAGUGUAGGAAAAAAAACUAUAUAAACCGCGUGCAUCGAGCAACAACGAUACAAUCAACAAAACCACCUAACAAACCGGAACCGAAACAAAUCUAAUGGGUAAAAGGGUUUUAUUUCGAGGACAUUUCAAAGAAUAAGUUUGUCUUUGGUUGUUGUUCUAGGGGACAUUUGACUAGGGCAACUGAAGGGAGAAACA